AUGCCACACACCAGCCCGCCCAUCGGCGACGCGCGCUUCCACUCGUUCUCGUCCACGACGGACGUCGCCCUGCGCGGCGAGGCGGUGCGCAUGAAGCAGAGCAAGCUGUCUGGGAGUUUUACUGUUGAGACGGGGCGGUGGGGGAGUUUCAAGUGGCAUCUCAAUCAGAUGACGGCGAGCUCGUUGGAGAUGCGGGAUUCCGAAGGGAGGGUGAUUGCGGUGGUGAGGGGUAUUGCUGGCGGGGAGAGAAGGUUGGAGGUGCUGGUGCCGUGUGAGGAGCGGUUUGUCGAGUUGGUGGUUGUUACGGGGAUGGUUGGGAUGGUGGUUACCAAGGAGGUGCUUAGGGCUGGGAUGGAGGGGGUUGUUGAUGCUGUGGGGAGUGUAGCUGGGGUUUAG